AUGAGCGCCGGGGACCUGCGGGUGAGCGUGGAGCAUGUCAGCAUCCAGCUGGAUCUGGAAGCCGAGUUCCACUUCACCCACCUCAUCAUGACUUUCAAGACCUUCCGCCCUGCGGCCAUGCUUGUGGAGCGCUCGGCUGACUUCGGGCGCAGCUGGAAGGUCUACCGCUACUUCGCCUACGACUGCGCCACUGCCUUCCCCCACAUUCCCCGGGGGCCCCCGCGCCGCAUCGACGACGUCAUUUGUGAGUCCCGCUACUCCGACAUCGAGCCCUCCACCGAGGGGGAGGUGAUCUACCGGGUGCUGGACCCUUCCAUUCCAAUCCGGGACCCCUACAGCCCCUCCAUCCAGAGGUGCCAGUGUGACCCCCGCGGCACAGUGCCUGAGGGCAGCCGGUGUGACCCCAUCAGCGGCGAGUGCUUCUGCACACGGCUGGGGUCCGGGCGCAACUGCACCCCCAGUGAGUGCUUCUGCAAACGGCUGGUGACCGGGCGCAACUGCAACCAAUGCCUGCCUGAGCACUGGGGGCUGAGCCACGACCUCCCAGGCUGCCGACCCUGCGACUGCGAUGUUGGAGGUGCUCGUGACAACUCGUGCAUCGUGGAGACGGGGCAGUGCCAGUGCCGCAGCCAUGUAGUGGGACGGCAGUGUGGCCAGGUGGAGCCCGGUUUCUACCGCAUCAACCUGGACCAUUACACCUACGAAGCUGAGGAUGCUCGGCUGCAUCAGGGCUCAGUGGUGGAGCGUGAGCUCCCUACGGACCACCCGGCUUCAUGGACAGGGACAGGCUUUGCCCGCAUGCUGGAAGGUGGCUGGGUGGAGUUUCACGUGAACAAUGUGCCUUUCUCCACCGAGUAUGACGUGAUCAUCCGCUAUGAGCCCCAGCACCCGGAGCCCUGGCAGGAGGUGAGGGUGAGGGUGGUGGUCCCCAGCCCCGUGUCUGCCAGCAGCCCUUGCGGAAACACCAUCCCAGCUGAUGACCAGCUCUCCACCAGCCUCCCCUCCGGUGCCAGGUACGUGGUGCUGCCCCAGCCCGUCUGCCUGGAGCGGGGCGUCUCCUACACCAUCCGCCUGGAGCUGGGCUGUGCCACCACUCGGCAGGAUCCCACUGCCAGCGUUCUCAUCGAUUCGCUGGUGCUCCUGCCCCAGUACUCCUCACUGGAGAUGUUCAUUGCGGGCGACCCUGGCUCCAUGGAGCGCCGGAAGACCUUCGAGCGGUAUCGCUGUGCUCAGCCCUUCCACGCCGCGGGACCCUCACCUGUGGCCGAGCCCUGCUCCAGCCUCCUGCACAGCCUCUCGGCUGGCCUACACGAAGGGGGCCUCCACCCACUGCAGCCUGGUGGGCGCUGCCUGCCCUGCCAGUGCCACGAUAACAUCGACAUGACAGACCCAGAAGCAUGUGACCGGCGUACAGGACACUGCCUGCGCUGCCUCUACAACACAGCGGGGCCCCACUGCGCCGAGUGCCAGCCUGGCUACUACGGGGAUGCCACACGGCACAGCUGCAGGCGUUGCUCCUGCAACAUGCUGGGCACUGACCCCAGCACCUGCGGCCCCCAGCAGUGCCAGUGUGAUGUGCGCAGUGGGCGGGCCCCCUGCCUGCCCCAUGUGGAGGGCCAGAGCUGCGACCGCUGCAGCCCCAACUUCUGGAACCUGGGCAGCGGGCAGGGCUGCCAGCCCUGUGCCUGCCACCCCCAGCACGCCCUGACACCCGCCUGCAACCAGGUGGCAGAGGCCAAGGGGAAGGCAGAUGAGGCCCGGCUGCGGGCGCAGGCAGCCCUGGAUAAGGCGAACCAGACCAGGGCCCGCGUGGAGAGCUCCAACAAGGAGUUGCGGGAGCUCAUCAGCCACGUCAAGGCCUUCCUGAGCCGGCCCCGUCCCCACGGUGCGGGCACCCUGGCCAUGCCUGUUGCCCAUGCCACCGGUCCCCAGAUGCAGGCCCAGACAGUGAGCACAGAGCAGCAACUGGUGGGUGCCAUGGAGCGAAUUGGGGUCCUGGAUGGACAGACAGAUGCCCUGAAAGUGAAACGUGCCAACAACAGCCUGGCAGCCACACGUGCCCAGGAGGCCGCCAGUGCUGCGAGGGACCGAGCCAGUGAGGCCAAGCAGGUGCUGGAGGGGCUGCUGCGGGACCAUUACAGGACGGCGCAGGAGCUGGUGCAGCACCGGGCGCAGGGCGUGCAGCAGGCAGGCAGCCGGGCACAGCAGCUGCGGGACGAGGCUGCAGGGCUACUGCAGGAUGCCCAGAGCAAGCUGCAGCGACUGCGAGCGCUGGAGGAGGCGUACGAGCGGAACGAGCGGGGCAAACCGCUGCAGACCCGUGAGCGCUACUGGGUUCAGGGCGAGGGAGGCUUCUCUGCUUUCACCGCCUCCACCGACCUCAAGCAGGACCGUUUUCAGCUGGUUGUUCCAGCUCUCCUCUAUCGAAGCCAUGAACACCCGAGGGCGAAACCGGAGAGUGAAACUGAGACCAGCCCUUGGGCCAGCAGCUCCCAAACCCUGUAA